AUGGUCUCGGGGGCCUUUUGCAGCAUUUUCAUUUACCGUAUCAGCUUCUUCCACCGUCUGUACAAGUUUCCGGGUCCUUUCAUGGCCAGAGCCUUCAACCUGUAUCUCACCAAACGUUCCGUUGCUAGCUUUCAGCUUUAUAGAGAGAUUCAAGACCUCCAUAGAAGAUAUGGUGAUAUUGUGCGCGUCGGCAAGUGUCCCUCGGCACUAUCUAUCCUCGAUGCCAAAGUUUUCCAUGCAAUACACUCCAACACUUCGCCCUGCAGUAAGGGACCUUGGUACAACAUCGAACAGCCGGCCAUCUCUCUCCACAUGUCGCGGGACAAGAACGAUCAUGCCCGCAGGCGACGAGCCUGGGACAGGGCGUUCAGCUCAAAAGCUCUUCGCGACUAUGAGCCCCGUGUGGUCAAAUACACCAGCCAGCUACUCGAUCGACUAGUACAAACCCAAGACAUCCCAAUUGACAUUGCAAAGUGGUUUAAGUUUUACAGCUUCGAUACCAUGGGUGACCUGGCUUUUGGUGAGAGCUUCAACAUGCUGACUGGCGGCGUUAAGCAUCCGUUUAUGGCACUAGUUGAGUCGCAUAUGGCGAUGGCCGGUAGCUUUAGUCAACUAAUCUGGAUGUUUCCCCUGUUCAGGGCGAUGCCAUUCCUGGGUCGUGCAGAUGCUAUCUUCCAGAAAUGGCUUGAGAAUCAAGUUCGUCAUCAAGAACAGAACAAACCGGACCUUCCAAAUAUCUUCUCGUGGCUUCUUGAGGGUUAUAAGUCGCAGAUACAUCCAAAAGAGCGAGAUUGGUUGAACCUACAAGCUGAUAUGCAACUUAUAGCUGUUGCUGGAAGUGAUACCACUUCUGUGACACUUACUUGCCUAUUCUUCCUAUUGGCUACCAACAAGGACGCAUGCGUUCGGCUCCAAGAGGAGAUUGACAACUUGUUUUCCAGCUUCUCACAACCUAACCACUCGAGCUUCUCCAACUUGACAUACCUUCAAGCCUGUAUUGAUGAGACACUUCGACUCUUCCCCCCAGUACCAUCUGGGCUGCAGCGUAUGACACCUGCUGAAGGGCUACGAGUAGGUGAUAUCUUCAUCCCUGGAGAUACCAUCGUGACUGUUCCAUCCUACACACUCUAUCGAGAUGAACGGUACUUCACCUCUCCGGAUGACUUCGUCCCAGAGCGCUGGACGACAAAACCAGAAAUGGUAAAGAACGAGUCGGUAUUUGCUCCAUUCUCAGUUGGCAAGUCUCAAUUGUCUCUGUAA